GUAUAUAUCUCAACGAGACUGUGUGCAAAAAUAAAAUAUAAAUAACUAGCUCCCUACAAGAUUUGAACCUUGUGAUACAUGGAAGCAUUAGUUAUUCUUACAACUACCGCUGGACCAACAAAGAAUUUAGGAUACAUUUCCGCACACGAUGGUAUUACUAAUGACGUUUCAUUUAUACGUAAUUCUACAAAUUCCGUCCAAUUUAUACGCAAGUUUGAAAUUCUCGGGAGGGCCGGGCCCCCUCCGAGACCUCACCUAGCUCCUCCCCUGCUACCCGAAACAACUUCAACACUUACCCAAAAACCCUAGGGUCGUUUGGAUGGAUCUAUGUGAUGGAGCAAUUUGUCUCAAUUGCUUCAAAAUGAGACAAUUGAGUCUAAAUAUCCCGUUUGGCCACAAAAAAGAUGAAUGAGUCAAUUAUACAUGGGAGAAUGUACAUUGCUUAUUUUGGGUCAUUUCACAUUACCUGGUGGGGAGGUAGGUUUUCUCAAUGGGCUCAUAUUUGUGUGGGCCUAUGCCAAAGCUACCCUUUUCUUUUUAAAUUUUCUUUUUUCUUCUGUUCCUCCUCCCUCUCCCUCACUCUGCUGAAAACUCCAAAACCAUGGUCUCCGAUUUUGGCCGAUCUCCUCCAAUUUCCUCUACUCGAUUUUUGCACCCUUGUCGCCGCCUAGUUCGCCGCCAACUGCCAGUCUUUUAUCUGAAGGCAAGGUCGAGAUCCAGAGCGACCUUGACUCCAUCAUCGCCAGGCUCAACCUCCACAUCAACAAUGGCGAGUUCUCGUCUGCAGCAGGAUGCCGAGAUCUUUCUCCCAGCGCGUCGCUGCUCGAGCCAAGUACACUAAUUAGUUGACGACUCUAGAUCGGGUGCCACGAGUCAACGAACUGGGAAAUUGACUCGCACCUCCAUCUUCUACUUAAAGAUGACAAAAUGUCACGAUAUCAAUGGCUUAGGGAUCGUUCUGAUCCUCGUUCGAUUGCUCAAUUUCAACUCAUGGGAGAUGAGACCCAAAAUUAUGUUUUACAAUUCGUCCAUUUUUAAUUGAGUUUCUGAUUUUAUUGUUGAAUCAAUCUUGUUGCUUUACUGUUUUUCAUAUGAAUCUAUGAUUGCUUGCUUUCUUCAGAAAAUGCCCUCUUCUGAUUGUCUCGUCUCUUUCUUGUGUUUUGAUUUCAAUUUAUGGGGGUUAUGCUCACGAGGAAAAGAGAAAGGGUGGAUCAAUUUCUGGGGGUUAAUGAUUCUAGAUUGGCGUCUAUGUCUGCUGUAUAGAACGAAUGAUUCGUGGGUCUGUAAUUUUUUGGUCAUUAUGGGUACAAAGAGUAUGAAAGGAAGGUGAAGAAGAAGGGUAAUACCUGAGGGCAAAAGUGUAUAUUCUCUAAAUGUCUCAUUCUAAUUGCCUCAUCUCAUAUGACAAACCAAACAAGAUAAUCUAGAACAAAUUUCUCAUAGAAUUGCCUCAUUUUCUAAAAUGAGACAUUUAACCCAAAUUGUCUCAUUUUAGAAAUGUUCCAUCCAAAACGAUUCCCAGUUCUUCGCCAUUUCAGAGUGGCAGCCUUAAAAAAAAAAAAAAAAAAGGGUCAAAGGGACUCGGUACCUUAUUGGGCUUUCGAAAUUGCGAAGGAAGUCCAGAAACCCUAUCAGUCCAGCCAAAUAUAUAAUCUCUAUGUAUUCAUUCCAUCCUAUCGCCAUAAAACCCUCACAUCCAGCAGCUUCGCUAUUCCGCUCUGGUCACUCUCCAAUAUCUGCACAGCCAUGGCGCAAACCCUAGCUCGUUCCUUCACCUCCUCUCGUCAUCUCACCAUCUCCUCGCUCAUCCCUAAACGACUCUUCUCCUCUUCCACCUCGUCGAUCACUCGUCCUCCUUCUCCUGCCACGCUACUCUUCUCCCGUCGUCCUCUGCUCCCGAUCUCCCAUGUCGUCCGCUCCGUCAUCCCCGUAUCUGCCCCUCGUUACACCGCGAUUCGCUGCCGGGUCAAUCGCUCAGGAAACUCCUACUCUCCGCUGAACUCCGGCUCCAACUUCAACGAGCGUCCUCCCACAGAGAUGGCCCCGCUUUUCCCUGGCUGCGACUACGAGCACUGGCUCAUUGUUAUGGACAAGCCGGGCGGCGAAGGAGCCACCAAGCAGCAGAUGAUCGAUUGCUACGUUCAGACGUUGGCCCGUGUCCUCGGCAGCGAGGAGGAAGCGAAGAAGAAGAUAUACAACGUUUCUUGUGAGAGAUACUUUGGCUUUGGAUGUGAGAUUGACGAGGAGACGUCUAACAAGCUGGAAGGAUUGCCCGGUGUUCUCUUUGUGUUGCCUGAUUCUUAUGUCGAUCCUGAGUACAAGGACUAUGGCGCUGAGCUGUUUGUGAAUGGGGAGAUAGUUGCUAGAUCCCCAGAGAGGGAGAGGAGAGUACAGCCCCAGCCGCAAAGAGCCAACGAUCGGCCACGAUACAAUGACAGAACUAGAUACGUACGCCGCAGGGAACAACAACGGUGAUCGGAAACAAGAAGUUGGUUGGAUGUUUUCAGCUCUUGAACUGAACUGGUGUUGGUUGAACUUAACUAUCCCUCUGGCUCAAUGUGAUAAAAUUAGUUUUUAUUUUAUUUAUUUUUAUUUGUGGGAGGCGACUCUUGAGUCUUAGUUAUCCCUCUACUUCCAUGUGAUAAAAGUAGUGUGACCUCGACUCUUGGGACUUGAAUGUGAACUAUUAUGUGAACUAUGUGGUAUAUACUGUUUAUCUUUAAGCUAGCGGUGGUAAAAUGUGACCGGAUUGUUAACCCAAAAAUUGAAAAUCGAUAAUCUCACACUUUUCUCGGUAUCAAGCCAAAGUAUCAUGGGUAAAUGCGACUGUGCGAGAGCACUGUGAUGGAUAGCCCCACCCCAAUUAUUACCGUUCAAAUUAGCCCCGAGGUAGAAGCAAACUAGGGAGGUCAAAUGAGGUAGAAGCAGUCAGCCGCGUGACAAAAACAAAGGACAAGAGGGCAGGAAGGAUGGCUCGAGUAGCUCCCAGAUGGGCAAAGUGCAACUGCAGCUCAAGUGGCGGUGACUCGGCAGCCUGCAACAAAUGCGGGUCAGGGCAACCAACGGCCAAAAGCCGACGAGGGAAGGAGCAGCUCAACUUUAGCGCAACUAUCCCAACUCUGCAGGUUGGCGGGCCAAGGAGGUUGCUCCAAAGGGUCGAGUUGGUCAGGGGCCCUCAUCCAAAGCCUAAUCUAGUGGCAAACCAGGUGGUAGUGGCCCGAAACAAGAAAAAAGAGAGCGCGGGGAGUGCUGAACUGGGGUGAAGCCAAGUGGAGCAAGUGCCAUCGAGAAUCUGUCGGAAGCUGCUGGAGGGAUGACGUUUAGAUCGAAAGAACCAUGAGCAUCAUAGCAUAUGAUUGUAAGCAAAAGAAUGCGGUGUUCAAGAUAUCGGCCACUGAAGACUUGGAGGACGACGACAAGAAGAGGACGACAGAGUUGCUGGAAGGUUUGGACCCUAGACCCGACUCCAACAAAAAAGGCUUGUGUGGAGGUUCAAGUUGCAAAAUUUAUGGAAACGGUGCAGGAAGUCAGUCGGGAGUGACCGCAAUCAACCAAAUGAAACUGCUCACGUGGAUGUAUUACAAUAUUUUUUGGCUAAUACCACUGGGAAAUCCUAGAAAGUGUCACUUGUAUUCUGAACUAUUCAAUAUGACAUUAAUGUCCCGAACUAUUUUUUCGUUAGUGCUGUCGAGUUUGUUCGUCAAUAUUUAACAGAAAAUUCAGUCAGUGUCGACGUGACAUCUUAUAUGGAAUUUUAAAUAUGAAUUUUUAUAUACUUUCAUCUAAAAUGAUUAAAAUAAAAAAAUAAAAAGUUACAAAAAUCUCCGAAUCCUCUUAAUCGCUCAAUCGAUUCCGCUCCUAAGUCAAAAUCAAGUUGACAACCAUCUGGUCAACCGUAAAAUCGUUAGGACAUAAAUGACACACAACUAUCAUACAUUGAGAUAUAAAUGGAAUAUUGAAUAUUUCGGGACACAAAUAACACUUUCUUGAUAGUCCGGGUUUUCCAGUGGUAUUAGCCUAUAUUUUUUAAGUGUUAUUCGUCUUCAUAAGCUUGAUUUUAUUUUCUUUCGGAAACUCAUUCCCGUAGGAAAGUUGUUUUCAGUGAGACGAUGCAGGGCUUAGGUUUUAAUCUUUUUUUUCUCUUGUUCAUGUUGUUGAGUCUGUAGGCGGUUUCGCAGUGGAUUGACUCCCAAGAACCUCGCUUUUGGUUUUGUGUAAUUCGUCAUUUUAUGUUUUGGUGGGAAUUUAGAAUAAUGAUCAUGUCCAAUA